UUAAUAGCUGAUUGAAUCAAGGAACAGAGUCUUCGGUCGAAACAGAGAUAACCAAGGACACAAGAGGCACAUUCAAUCAGGUAUAUGACUGGGUUAUGAUUCAUGAUUUCAUGAUUGCUUUGUUUAAUAAGCUAAAUGCAAAGAGUAUCAGUGUAAAGGGGUCGUAAAAUAUGAUGUGCGUGCAUGACUCCCUAUAGCGUCAUUAAGCAAGUGCAAUAAAUAAGACAAACUUCUUCCGUUAUUAUCCAUCCUGAAGGCAGUUAUGAAUUGCCGUUAUCCUUUUAAAAAAUUAUAUCCUAAUCUAUUGCCUUCAGUUUAAAGUUUUUUUACCUUUCUCAUGUUUGCCACAUCAUUAUUAUUUAUACCAUCGGCGAAAUUGAUAAUUUUUUUGUUGUUUACAUCAAAACUAUUUUUAACAACAACGGAAUCUUUAAGAGUACAAUAGCCAUUUAAUUUAGAAAAAGUACUUCAUAAACAUCGCUACCAACAUCAUUUACUUCACCAUCAACACCUAUUUCACAAAGUAACAUUGCAAUUCAUUUGGUGCAUUAACCUGAUGGUUAUAAUUUUCAAAUUUUACGGCUAAAUUUAUUGGUAUUACAAAUGUUGUGUUUUCAUUAUAUAACAAACACUUUUUAUUCUGACCGUAAACGGGCCAGAAUUAGAAAUCCUCCGCAGGAAAAUGCAUACAAGGCGCUACGCGGCAGUUUGUAACUGGCGUAAAGCAAUGUGGUGGACAUACCCUGGGAACGAGGUCGAGUUUUGGCAUCGAGUGUACUCAGGCUUGAAGUGUUAGGCCGCGCAUAAACUAUAAUCAAGCUUGUUACAAUUUACACUGAACUUUUAAGGAAACUUUAAAAUAUUUAUUUAAAGCCCAAACCUUAUACCGUGAAUCGCUUCAAUUGUUAACGUAGUAAUGAAAAACAACAACUGUGGGAAUAGUAAAAGUUUAUUGGUUGAUUGAUUCGAUUCGAUUAAUUAAUUCAAUUAUCUUAUGUAAACAUUGGCAAUGGGAUUGAUCAGUAAAUUAUUUUAGCGGACGAAAAUACCAUACUUUCUCACAAAAAAAUAAAACUUGUGAAAGUCACUUUAAUUUCAAUUAGUCGGAAAACUUCAGGUCCAUAAAAUGCGUUCUGUGGUAUAUCGUUGCGAGCCAAAAAACUUGAGAGGUUUGUUAUCACAAGGAAGCGGGAAAAAACCUUGUAAAAAAAGUGCAUCGCGUUCAAAUGCAAAUAUUUAUCGGGCGACUGAGACUGAGAGGCGAAACUUGACAUUGGAAUGGAAAUAGGGGAGCGUUAAAAUGUGAUGAAUUUUGCAACCGGAAAAUUGACAAACGCAGGAUUCUAUUCAGUACUGAUUUUGUAGAACGCCUGGGGUAUGCGUUUAUUAUUCUGCGGAGUUGGAUGGUUACCAUCAUUGUGGAUUUCUCCGUGAAUCAAGCAAAGACACAAAGUGACUUAUUCCUUUUCUGUUGACUUUGCUGCGGUACGUACGUUUGUUCCCGCAUUUCAUCCAGCGAUUUCAGUAUUUCCAAUUUGUCAUGGUAUCAACUUGUUCCAAAGUCCUAAUCUCCAUAACUCUCCAUUUUCGCUCAAAACCGCAAGGCCUUCAAUUCGUUUCCUCUUAACCGCAACUCCGGCUAAAAUAUAGGCUCCAUGUAGCCUCUUGUUAUGAUUGAUAUUAGUCAGUUUGAUAUCAUGAACUGAUAAUGAAUUCAUUCGACCAUUUCUCAUUGAAAAUAAAACAACAAGUUGUUCUUUUAAAUAAUUCUAUUACCACUCAUUAAUUCAAUAAUUAACCGACUUUUUUUUGUAUUUUUGUUUUGAAAUAGUGAACAUAAGUUAAUUUGAAGUGCACUAUUGUAUUCAUCAUCACUUGUUUUACUAACAACAAUUCAGCAGCUUUUUUUUUUCAAAUUAUGAAUUGAAUUAUAAUAAUCACCAACUGUUCCAGUUUUAAUGUCUAAACUACAUAUAGUUGAUUCAGUACAUAUUCAAUAACAUUGUAAAUAUGUAAUUGUUUUAAUGUUCUAUUACAACAGGUAACAAUAACAAGUUAACAUUUAUUAUUGUUUUAUUACCUGCUUCCCAUCUAUCAUCGUUUCUUAAUUUCAUAAAAUUAUAUCAGCAGAUUUUUGUCACUGCAUCAUUAACAGCUGUUGCUAUUUGUAAAUGUAUUAACUUAUUAUUAUUUAUGUUUUGUUAGAAGUUAUUGUUUUUGCCUUUAUCUUCAAUCAGCAUAUUAUAUAUUACCUGUAUGUUUUGCAUUUGUUUGAUCUUUUAAACGAAUUAUUUCAUUAUCAAAUAAAUCUUAUGUAAUAUCUUGCAUGAUAUGAUUAUCCAUUCAUUGCAUCUGCUCCUGAUGUUGCAUUUGCAAGUCUUAAAUCUUUUUUGUUUGACAUGUCUGAAUCCCUAUCUACAACGUUUUGAAAAUAUCGUACAUCAGAUGAUUGUCUAUUAACUACAUAUGUUGGCGAUGUUGCAUCAGCAACAUUUUUAAUCUUACUAUUCAUUAUAUUUGAAUCUCUAUCAGCAGUUUUUAAAGAUAAAUUAUAUUUGCUGUAUUUAAAUAAAUUACAUCAUUUCAAUCUGUUGCAUCGGCCAUAUCGACAUUUCUUUUACCUCCCGUAUUAAUUUCAUCACCCUCUUUAAUAAAACAUUGUGUUCUAUUUUCAAACAUUCUAAGGCUAACAGAACCAAGAUCAUUUACUGGAUCAUCUAAGAUUGCUAUUCUUUUUCUGUCCAUGUCAAUUUCAGCGGGUAGUAUUAAUUUAUUACUAUUUAAAUUUCAAUCACCUGUCAUCGUAUUGCUUCCAUUCAACCUCAAAAAAUUUGUUUCAGUUUGCUUUAAUUGAUGCCUUGGUACUAAAUCAUCAUGAUUUACUCUAUAUGUUGCAUUAGUAAAUCUCUCUCUCUCUCUGCAUAUCGUAGUUGCCGUCAGGUCUGAGUCUGAGACCAAUUGCUUGUUCACCCUUUUUGCCCCUUCCACUUGCCUCUCAUCAUAAUUUUCAUCAACAUAACAAUUCAAUAAUCCGUUUGAGUUUCUCAUAUAUUAUUGCAUCAAACAAAAUUUUUCGUUGAAAUUUGUUGUUGCAAAUUGUUUUGGUCUAUCAAUAUAUAAAAAUAAAUACUGAUCAUGAGUUGCCUUGUUAAUUACAUCCCAUGCAAUGUUGUUUUCCUGGCAUAUCACAUUAUUCUCUCUGGAUGAAGGAAAGUCCUAAACACAAAAUUGUGAAUAGUUCACUUAUAUCUUUUGGUGUUUUAUAAUAUAAUACAGAGCAAUUUUUAUGCCUCCCUCUUAUAAAGUAAUCAAUAUUUGGUCCUUGACUUUAUUCUCGAAUAUAAUCAUCAAAAAUUACUAUUUUUGAUUAUUAUAACUCAUUUUUUUAAGGGUAUUAUCUCAUAGUUACUUGCUUCAACAAUAUGAUAAUCACUUAUUUGCUUACAUCAUCGAGUUUUUCAAUCAAAUCUUUAUAUUUCUUUUGUGCACGAUCUCUGGAGUAAAGAUAAAUUUUAUCAAAACAAAGUAAUAUAUAAAUCAUAUGAGUUAUUUUACCACCACCUGAUGGUGCACAUAGCUAUACUUGUUAAUUAGCUUGGUGAGGAAACUGACGUGCUUAAUCUUUAGAGAACAUUCAAAUCAAUUACUUUACAGUUAGAUGAUGUUAGAGUUAUUAAUUUAUUGACACUCAAGCAAAAAAAUAAAAUUAAACCAAAAACAAAUUGUACCUGAUUAUGGUAUUCAAAUUGACGACGAAGUUGAUACCAUGAGUCUUGAUGAAUUGUUUGAUAAAGGCGUAGUACCCCAAAGUGAAAAACAAUUUGUACCCUAAUCCACCAUUGUAUAAUGAACCUGAAUAUUGUUUGAAUCCAGACUUUAAAAUAAUUCUACCUUUUGAAGAUUAUAGUUACCCUGAUUAUACAAUAAAUCAAGAUGGUGAACUUGAUGAGGAUUGUGGAAGAAGAAUUGGAUAAUGAAGAAGUUAAUAUCUAUAAUGAUACUGUUAUUUUAGAUGAUUCUAAUUUGAAAAUUGUGAUGAUAUUAAUUUACAGUUGCAAACUUUUGGUGAAAGGAUAAAGGGAAAAAUAAAUACUUGAAAGUAGUCGAUGAAGCUACAGAACAAAUAAACAAAAAUAAAGGUUAUAAAGAGCAGUAAACAAAAAUGUUUAAAAAUGGAGAAAUAAGUCGACAAGGUUGUAUCAUGCAAAAUAAAAUUUCAACAAAAUAUUUCAUCAAAAAAAUUAGAUAAGACAAAACAAUAACCGGCUCUGGCCAUGUUGUUUCACUUUACAAGUCAUUGAAGAACUUGUUGAAAAACAUGAUUUAGUUAUUGGAAGAAUGCGUGCAAGCAAUACAUCACCUGCAUUACGCAACCUUCCAGUGAUAUUAAUUGACGAAUUGUUAAAAAAAUAUAGUUUUAAGAAUAAAUGAUCAUUCAGUUUUGUACAAUACAUUUUUUAACAUUUAAUUGUUAUCUAGUUUUAUGGUAUAAAAAGAGAACUACUUUUGUCUCCUUAUUCACUGAAAAAAACCUUAAGAACAACAAACCAGAAGAUUUUACAAUGGAAUUAAGUCGUACGUGAAUAUUGUACUAGUUUUAUAGUAUAAAAAGAGAACUAGUUUUGUCUCCCUAUUCAGUGAAAAGCGUUAAGAACAACAAAUCACAAGAUUUUACGAUGGAAUUCAGUCGUACAUGAAUUUUAUCUGGUUUAACAUUGAUUAUGCACUUAAUGGCGAGCUUAUAAGAUAUAGUAGCAAUUAUGGCACAAAUUUUUUGUGUUGAAAUAACAAUGAAGGCAGGUUAUCUGCUUGAUUUAACUAUAAGUGAUUCUAACAAAUUGAUUGGUUAUGGAAAAAAAGUUAUCCACGUUGAAAAAAAUCACCGACCAUUUAUUCCUAAUUUGAGUCAAGAUAUAUAUGUUAUUUUCCGGCUGGGAGGUCCAUAUGGUAAAAAAGGAGGUCCGUGUUUAAAUAUGGUCUUUCCUCCACAAAAAACUAAAUUCGAAUGAUACAUUCUGACGAGACACAAGGGGAUUUAAUAAGGGGAUUUCAUGCGGCCUUUUUUCGCUGAAUUCCUUACGUUUCUGUUGUGCAAUUUACGGUACAAAUGUCCAAAUUGAACGGACUUGGAAAGAAUCACCAAGAGCGUAUAUUUGUUGUAGAACUGAAAUUAAAACUUCGCUGGCUCUUUCACUACGAACAUAUUGUUUUAGAAAAUUCAGAUAUUAGUUCAAAUGUUAUCAAAUACCUCACGUUUUAACUUUCUAGGACCUUUUUGUGAACGAUUAAAACUAAUUGCAGACAGUUUUUAGGUCGCCUGUCAACCAAUGUAAUGACACUAUUGCUCAUACAAAUUCAUUCUGAAACCUAUAAUCUUCUGUCAACCAAAGUGAUUUGAGAGAGAGAAAAGAGAGGAUUAAUAAGUUAUUUAUCGGCUUAAAAAUACUGCCCAGCCUGAUAAACGAGAUCAGUUUAUGAAAAAUGGCAAAGAAAGUCGGGAUGUACUAGGCGACUUAUGACAGCGUUACCGUUGCCCGUGGGAAGAGAUAGGAAAAUAGGGACCUCGUAAAGAACCAAUCAGACUGCACGAUUCGUUACCGUGCCUUCUUAAAAAAGUAAAGGGAAAGAUUAAAUAUUCUUUGUGAUCUUACAAGUAAUUCUUUGGUCGACAGGAAUAAAGGUGACAUAACUCACAGCUUUUCAACAGCCGUUCUUCAAUCCUCAAUCAGUUUUACAAUGGAGUCACGACGAGUCAUUUAUUCACUAAUAGACAAAACAAGCAUUUAUUCCAUAAGAAUAUAAAUCUCAGAUUGAAAAAGACCUUUGGCUGAUUUGCAUGGUUCUAACACUUCAUUUUCGAAUUUAGUCAAAUUUUUUUAUCUAGUGCUGAUGUAUGAAGCCUUAUGAGUUCAAGAGAAUUUAUCUUCCAGCUUAUGGACAAGUUGUUUACAGACACAAUGAUUUGUGUGCAAUUUUUGCUAACAUAUUUAAACCAAUGGUGUAAACAAUUAUGCAAAUAUUAUUUUCCAAAGUUGUCAAACCAGUCGGCAGACAAUCACUCAAAUCUGGAACAGAGCAUGUUGGUAACAAAAUUGGGGAAAAGUAAGGUGAUUACAUCAUGAAAAAUAGUGCAAAAAUAAGAAGCAAACUGGUUCAAAUGCACACAUGAUAUUGAAUAGACUCAGAAAUUACGUUUGAUAUUUUUUCUGAUGUAUAAAUAUGAUAUGUCAAAUUUCCGUUGAAGUGAAAUGUUACAAAGAAAAGAGUUGGUUCGUUAUCAGUUAGAUGAUGUAAUACGCACACCAGCUAAUAAUCAACACCAAGAAAACGCGGUUACAGGUUUACGAUAAAUGAUAGAUCAUCAUUCUUUGUUUGGUGCAACGCUUAUAUUGAAUAUAAAUUUCGCCUGCAAAAAAUAGCUGAUAGAACUGGUUAUGGUGGUGUUGACAAAAUCACAGUCAUCGAUGGCUCACACUGUUUGUUCAAGCAUAUAAUGUUGAAAUCAGCUGGCAAGAUUAUUUAAGAUACAAAUAGUUUACACAGGUUUAGAUGUGUCAAAAAUCUUUUGAAUAAAAUGAUGAUUUGCCUAAAACUUGUUGCCUAAAAUAGUUUUUGUUUCCUUUAUUCGGACGGAACAACUGCAAAUAGAAAUACUGGCUUUCUUUCAAGAAAAGUAUUGACUGAUGGUGCAGCCAAUGUUGAUGUUAUAAUUCCUUAGAAUCGCUACUGACAGUUUCUUUGAAGAACUUGAAGACAAAUUGCUCACACCAAUGAAACUUAAGUUUAGCAUUGAAUUACAAAAUGACAAUGAGGUGGUUUAGAAAGCUGAUGCUGCUGCUGAUGGAAGAGUAGUUGUAAAUAGUUUUCUCUUUUAGGUACCCCAAUUAACUCCAAAGACAGUCCUAACGAUUCAUUAGUAAGUUCAUUUCUCAAAAAAAAAAAAAAAGUGGGACUAUUUAAGAGAAAAGUAUGAAGUUUCUGCACCAACACGUUUCUCGGGUUUCUUUCAGAUAAGUGCCAGCAUUACCAAUAUUAGUCACAUUUUUGUUUAUUUACAAAGAGCAAAAACUAAUGAUUCUGCCCAAACCCUUAUUUAACUGAUACAAUCAAAUUAAAUCCUGCUGUCGAUAAUUCAAGUUUGUCAAAUUUUCACUUAAAAUACGGUAAUGGUGUAUUUACCAUGAAACUGAAAAUGUGGGUGAUUCAUUGGUGUGUAUUUUCGAUGAUUUGAUGUCAUACGCAAUGAGAAAAAUGACCAUAACACUUGCACACAACUUAAUAUUUCAUUAUUUCAAUCAAUUUUUGGUUUAAUAUAUUAUGAUUUGGCAUGUAAAAAGAAAAAAAAAAUGACGAGAGAUCCAAAAACAACUCGUAUUUUGAUAAAGGUUCAAUGAACCCAGUACAGCUGACUUUCAGGUACAUGCAGUUGUUUCACAUCAAGAAACUGUUAAAAUUGAUAAAGUCGGCAAUCAACUUAUUUUUGUAUAAAUUUAUAUUUAAUUUUGGGAAUGAUUGAAAUGAAAAAUAACCUAAUCUCAUAAUAUAUGUAAGAAUAAUGUAAUAUCCUCAUGGAGUAAAUUUAAGUAACAACCGGUUGAAAAAAUUUGCUGCACCAUAUAAAAAAGUGCACUAAUAACCUUUGGACUAACACACAAUAGUCUUGUAGGAAAUACCAGCUUAUUUUCACCCAGCAGCAGAUUAAUAGAAUUCUUAGAGCGAAACGAAGUGGCAGAGGUUCUGACAUAAAAUUUCAAAAACACAAAUAAGAAGUGCAGUUCGAGAAGGUGGCAGUUUGUGGUCAGCACUUUUCAAAGUGGGAACAAGACUAUUGCCCACAGUUGCACGUGUUACACCUUAAGUGGUUUCGAAUCUUGUAAAAGACGCAACUGGUGCACUUGGUUCACUCAGAAUUGAAAAAAGUAUUUGGUAAAGGCAAUCAAACAAGUAGUUAUUUGAUCUAAUCUCCUUAUCUUCUUCUGACAUUUUAAUCUCAAUAUUUUGUUUGUUUUAUUUUUGUUAAAGGCUUUUGUUCUUUAAGAACUGCCUCUAUAAAUUUAUAGCAGCAUUUUCUCCUCUGUAAACCUUGACUAUUUUUGGAUAUUUAUCAUCAUAUUUACAAACAAAUCUAUAUUCAUGACUACAAAUUUUAAGCUUUUGAGUUUCACAUGUAUAGAUCAUAGUUUUAUCUUUGUGUUGUUCUUCACAUGGUAUAAUAAUACUCUCAAAAUCUACAUAAAAAACGAAAGUUGCAAUCAUCUUCUUAUGAUAACUCUUAAAUUCAACAAAAAUAUUUGGUGGUGGUAAGUUAAUAGCUGGUUUCCUAUGAAUAUUACCACUAUCCUCCUUCACUUCGGUUAAUAGUUGUUAACAUACUAUAGCCUACCACAAGAAGUAUGUUCGAAGUGGUGGACUAACAGUUUGCCAAACAACGAGUGCGAAAAAAAGAAGUCAGUCCUGGCUAUCAACGAAACCAAUUUCAAUGCUCAACAAAAUCUAAGGAAUGUCAGGCUUCAAGCCUCCAGCUCCUAUCGGUAACUAACUGCAGUUACCUUUCUAAUGUGUGUUAAUCUUCUGUAGCGCAAAACAACAAAUCAAAAGAUAACACCGCAGCAUCUGACAUCGAACAUCAAAAUCUGGAAGUAGCAUAAAACAAGUACCUUGCUAAGGGAAAAAAACAGUCUCCUAUUAACUAAGAAUGACUAAAGCAUGAGAAGUGAACCAAUAAAUGAAUCAGCGAAUAAAGGAAGGAAUAUGUAAGUCAUUGGAUAAUUUGGUAGGAAUUUACUGUUUCGGCUGCCUUACGUGGAGAUUUGAUAAGUCAGGUUUUGUGGCCCUAUGCUCCUAAAUGAGAAGUACUGAAUAACUAACAAUUUUCUGUACUGCAAUGCAGUUAUGUUUACCCAAUGUAAGAAUAGGCCAUUUAGCAUGAGAACUUGGCCCUGAUUAGCAAUUUUACAUCCCUCAUCAUCGCAAUUAAAUUUUAAAUCCAGAAAUCAAUCUCCGCGUCUCUUGCAACUGUUUGAAAUUGCUAUGGCUAUAAUGAUUUCCACAGCGGUUCGUUUUGGCUAUCACGCCCUCCAUCAAAGGUUCAUGCUUUUUGGUAUUUAACGUGACAUUCUCGAGAACGGCUGCGAUACAGAGACUGGUGAUGAUUGGGUGAAUGGGCUAAAAAUAGACAAAAUUGUGAUUUUUCAUAGGGUCUGAAUAAGUAUGGCCACUGCACUGGAAUACACUGCAGAGCAAUUAAACUACUACAGAAUUUGCUAUGUUGUCACCGACGUACUAACAGAGGGCUUGCGAAUAAUAUUUAAACAAGAAUGGGACAACCGCUACUGGAGAACAUGGGGAGAAUGGAAAGAUCAACCUAACAAUGGACUGGACUUUUGCAAUGGUGAAUCCCUUCGAAACAGAAGCCGAAACGCUCGUCUGCUGAUAACCAUGAAAAAUGGUGACACAGCUGAAUGGGAUUGCACUAUGCUGUUUUACGCCAUUCUCAAUUCAGACUGCAUCAAUGGCCUGAAUCCGACUGUUCGAUCACACGUAAAUGACCUCAGGAAACUGCGUAAUGAAGACUUUGCGCAUAUGCCACGAGGACACCUUUCGGAAAAAGAUUUCCAAAGAGUGAUUUUAAAAGUUAAAAAUGCAUUUCUUCUAUUGGAAUUUGCUUCGUAUGGCCCAUUAAGGCUUCAAAACCUUUUUUAUCAUACUGGAUUGAAGAUUACAGCGUUCAGGUAUUAAGUUUGAGUGCAAAUAUAUUUGUUGCCUUUUUUCGCCUUUACGUAAAAUCCUACAGGCUUACCCUGGCCAUUCCUCCUGUUUUUCGGAACAGCUUCAUUAACGAAUCGAAACGCAAGUUUCCCUGAUGAUUAGUCAUUGUGUUCUUCGCAUUAUUCAUCCGCUGAGGAGUGAAUAAUGUUCAAUAAUCAAUAAAAUAGCUAAUUUUGUAUCUACUGAUUCAAGUCAAUCACCUUUAUUUUUUUUCUUAGUUGUUAUGUUAUUAGCAGUUUAUAAACUAAAUAUUGCUGUUUUAAAG